CUUUUAUUCAUUUAUUUUUUUUGAGCAUUCUGUUUAUAUGGCCCAGCGACAAAGACUUUAUUAUUCUCCCCGUAGAAAUCAAAACAGGGCUGUGACAGUCACCUACGACGGCGGAGGGAAGGGGAGUUCUCUGGUGUUACCGUUCCGUCAAAGCUUAGCUGCUUGAGCCCUCAAUUUAAUUGACUUCAAAACUGCUUCACCCUCCUAAGUGGUAUUCCAAAAGUCAAUAAGCAGAACCAAAUCGAGAGAAAGCUAUUAUGGGUUUUGCUCAGCUGGUAAUUGGUCCUGCUGGAAGUGGGAAGUCCACUUAUUGCUCUAGUUUGUACAAACACUGUGAAACUGUCGGACGGCAAAUGCACAUUGUGAACUUAGACCCUGCUGCUGAACAUUUUGACUAUCCCAUUGCCAUGGACAUAAGGGAGCUCAUUUCUUUGGAAGAUGUUAUGGAGGAACUUGGCCUUGGUCCUAAUGGUGGCCUUCUUUAUUGCAUGGAGCAUCUUGAAGAGAACUUGGAUGAUUGGCUAACGGAAGAACUGGAUAACUACUUAGAUGAUGACUAUUUAGUUUUCGACUGCCCAGGUCAGAUAGAACUGUUUUCACAUGUUCCUGUCCUGAAGAACUUUGUGGAGCAUCUACAGCGAAAAAAUUUCAAUGUUUGUGUUGUGUACUUGCUUGAUUCACAGUUCAUUACAGAUGUGACCAAAUUUAUUAGUGGUUGUAUGGCAUCGCUUUCGGCUAUGGUGCAACUUGAACUUCCGCAUGUUAAUAUUCUCUCCAAGAUGGACCUUGUGACAAACAAAAAGGAUAUUGAAAAUUAUUUGAAUCCUGAGCCUCAGACAUUGUUGCCUGAGUUGAAUCGACGGAUGGCUCCACAGUUUGAGAAGCUUAACAAAUCUUUAAUUGAAUUGGUGGAUCAGUAUAGCAUGGUCAGCUUUUUACCUCUUGAUCUGAGAAAAGAACGCAGCAUAGAGUACAUCUUGGCACAAAUUGAUAACUGCAUUCAGUAUGGAGAAGAUGCUGAUGUGAAGAUUAAGGAUUUUGAUCCAGAGGAUGAUUGAAGCUUUAUAUCUAUAACGUUUUAUAUCCCGUCAAAGCUCGGAGUAGUUUGCUCAAUCUCAAGUGCAGCACUGGGCCACGAUGCAUCAUUCAACUUGUGGUUUGACUCACAAUCUUAUUGUCAAUUCCGAUGUUCUUAGUAUCCCUAUGUCUAAAGCUUUGAUGCAUGAAGGCUCUCUAAAGCUUUGAUGCAAUCGGUGUGCUAGUUACUUCUUAUAAUGGAAUGUUGCACUUGUGGUCCGUCUGUGAUGUUUGUGUCAAAAAUUGUUUCUAGCUCCAAUCCCUGCUGACUUUAUAAUACAUUUGUAAAGUUACGUAGUCUAGAGUGCCUCCAAUUUCGUGACUAGUUGUAGUGCCAGAUGGAAUAAGUUAUCAUAACGGGAGAAGAAGAAAGUGACCCUAAAUGAUGAUAAGAGCCCAAACAGCUUUUGAUCCAACUUGCCAGAAGGCAAAAGAAGUGCAAUAACAAGAAACGUAUAAGAAUGUGCGAUCAGAUUAGAAUGAGGUCAUUUCAUGGUCUAUAAAUCUAGCCAUUUGAAUCGAUCUUAUCUUCUACUUCGACAAACGUUGUACAGGUAGGUACUUUUAGGUUGGGGACUUUUUCUCCUGUUCAAUAGCUAGACAGAAGUAGCUGUCCCCUCGAUUACCAGAAGAUCAAAUCAGCUCAAUUUGUGUUUGGUUCUAGAUUAUCUUUCGAUUAAUUUUGAGCUAAGUAAUGAUAAUUUCCCCACGGCAGUGACCAUUCAUUAUAUUUUCUUUACCUAAAGUAGGAUGACCAAAGAUGUCUCCUCCUGAAAGUGACCUCUCCAAUAUUUUAGCUUAAAAUUGUGCUUGAAACAUUACAUCUUAUGUAUUUAGUCGUUCAUUCUCUCUAAUUUCUAUAAUUCACCCAAUUCCCCCAGUCUCUAGAUCAGGGAGGUUUUUUUUUUUUUUUUUGCUGAAGAAAAACCCUUCUCAUAUAUUUCUUUCAAU